UUUUAUAAAUGUAAAAAUCGAAUAAAUAAGGAUUACAAGCAAAAAAGUCUCUGAAAGGAAUCCAUAAACCUACAAUGGCGGGGAACACGGAAAUAUUGGCGCCCAGAUAAUCUUCUUCUGUGAAGCAUUUUAAGUCGCCGACUCCAAUCAACAGAGCCCAGUUAUUCCAUAUUAUCGAAUUAAUUAGGGUUCAGAGAGAUGGGUAGGAAAAAGAAAUCUAGGGCUUCGACAACCGAAGAAGAUGAGAUUGAGAUGGAUAAUGCUGGCCCAUCCUCUGAGACAAGUCUUUACGAGGUUCUUGGAGUUGAAAGAAGAGCCACUUCACAGGAAAUAAGAAAAGCAUACCAUAAGUUGGCAUUGAAGCUUCACCCUGAUAAAAAUCAGGAUGAUAAGGAAGCUAAAGACAAGUUCCAGCAGCUGCAAAAAGUGAUAUCAAUUCUUGGUGAUGAAGAGAAAAGGGCAGUCUAUGAUCAAACUGGCUCAAUUGAUGAUGCUGAUAUUCCUGGAGAUGCGUUUGAGAAUUUGCGGGAUUUCUUCCGGGACAUGUAUAAGAAGGUCAACGAAGCUGAUAUUGAAGAGUUUGAGGCAAACUACAGGGGAUCUGAGUCAGAGAAGAAAGACUUGCUUGAGCUUUUCAACAAGUUUAAGGGUAAAAUGAACAGGCUAUUCUGCUCAAUGCUUUGCUCGGACCCCAAGCUUGAUUCACACCGUUUCAAAGACAUGCUUGAUGAGGCCAUUGCAGCAGGAGAAGUGAAGUCAAGCAAGGCAUAUGAGAAAUGGGCAAAUAAAAUUUCAGAAACGAAACCGCCCACCAGUCCAUUGAGGAAGAGGAAGAAGAAGAAGUCAGCAGCAAAGGAUUCAGAGACAGAUCUUUGCUUGAUGAUUGCGAAACGACAAGAGGAGAGGAAAGGGAAGGUGGACUCGAUGUUUUCAUCACUUAUCUCUAGGUAUGGUGGUGAUGCGGAAGCAGAGCCCACUGAAGAAGAAUUUGAAGCUGCCCAGAGAAGGAUUGAAAGCAAAAGAAAACCAUCCAAGAAGUCUAGAGGAAAGUAGAGGUCUUAAAGCAGAGUUGUCUUCUAGUAGUAUUUGUGAUGGAACAAGAAUGUUUAUUUUCUUUCAAAAUUGCAUCAAUUUCAAAAUUGCAUCAAUUUCAAAAAUCAGUAAAUAUUUCGAUUAUUGCUUUAUAAAUUGAGGAAUUAUCUUCUCA